CCUAGCGCUCGUAUAGCUGCAGUCACUCUGCGACCCACCAUCGGAAGCAGCGGGGCAGCGCGUGUUUUUCUUUUCUUCGUCGCAAGUUUAUUACAAGCAACACUAUAUUGCGCUUUGUGCAGUGCAGAAGUUACAGCGUACCUGGAACAUAAGUUACCCCCCCCCCUUUUCAAUCGAUGGUGUUUGCUUAGUGUAAAGUGUGCGCAAUGAUUGAAUGUGAGCAGCCGAACAUCACCGACACCGUGGUGAUAGAUCAUGAAGAGUUUCUCGAUCGCAUCAAGAAAACGCUCUACUACGGCUCGUCCAAGGUACGGUGCACCAAGAUUAGCCGCCCGCUGGCCGACUACGCGGCGGACGUGUUUUCCGAAACCCACCGCGGCCAUUCCCUCAGUCGACUGAACUUUGCGACUGUGGGCAACCUGUCCGUGACGCCAUGCUCGCUCAUCCUGGCGAUGAUCUAUCUCGAUCGGUUGAACGCCACCGAUCCGACCUUUGUACGUCGCGUAACGCCGUCGGAAUUAUUUAUAGUGUCGAUGAUGGUCUCCACUAAAUUUUACUGCGGUUACGACGAAGACAUCUAUCUAAGUGCCUGGGCAGAGUAUGGAAACAUGACGCCGGAUCAGAUGAAAGCGUUGGAAUUGGAAUUCUUGGACGCAAUGAAUUGGAAUGCCUACGUUUCCAAGCACGAUUUCUUCGAGAAGCUGAAAGCGGUCGAAAAGGUGCUGGCAAAACGGCAGGGCCUCACACGCGGCUGGCUGACGUACACCGAGCUUAUCAACUUUCUACCCUCAUUUGCGAUGGCGAAGCAGCUGAUCCACUACAGCACCGUGCUCGCGCUGAGCUACACCGCCAGCGUGAUGACCAUUGCCGGAGCCUUCCUGUUAGCUAGCAAUCUUCAUCUCCCGGGCAACCUACUGUACCGCGGUUCAUCGACCAGUCUCGAGGGCAGCAGCAGCACCCCGCUGUCGUCACCACAGCCAACGGGGGUCGACAGUCGGCUCGAUAAUGCGACGGUCGAUGACACAAACACACUCGAAGACUGCAUCUCGAAUGGCACGCUUGCUGCAUCGCAGAUAAAACGGCACAAAGACUGCGAGGUUGCUUUUGCUGCCGGACAUGAGCAGCAGCACCAUCACCAACAUCACCACCGUCACCACCAUCACCACCAACAACAGCAGCUGCACAAUCCUAGUUGGCAUAGUAGUACAAACGAACGUCACGAAGCGACCGUUUUCUCACUACCCUACCGCUAUCGCAACAUACGCUUCAUUUUCGAUCCUGCCGGUGGUAACAAUUUCGUGCAGCAGAUUGAUUUCCUUCGCUCCGAGCAGGAAGGGAACGAGUCGGACCGGGCACCGAGCGACGGCGGAUCGAACCACGAUCGCUCGCUGGAACUUCGUCACGCUGGAUCUCUAAAUUGUUCGUACGAUUGCUUCAUUCCACUGAUGGGCGGCAGUGGGCGAUGGUGUGCGGAGGGCAGCGCUGAGCAGCAGCACGGCAACUACGAUGGUAUCUACAAACAUUACAAGAAAACGUACGACAUGUUCAGUUCGCUGCUGAAGUUUCUCUAACGUCCCCGCCCCCGGCGUCAAACACUGACCGCAGUAGGAUAGACUAACACAACAUGGCAUGCGUAACUGGUAUUCGUUUCGUUUAAAGGAACUUAAAAUCAUGAAAUCAUUCAAUUGUGACUAUUGGAGCCCCGCAGCAAGCAAUUUCAAACCCCCAAAACCCCCAACAAAAAAGUGUACCUUUUUCAUGCGUUCCAUUCCUCGAGUUUUACAGCUAACAUUGUUUCAAAAGCAGGACUAAUGAUAUAUUUUAUAUACAUUGAAUAUGUGUACUGUAAAUUGUGACAUUUAUCCAUUUGUUUUAAUUUAAAAAUUCGUUUAAUGCUUUUGCAAUAAAUUUUAUUAUUGGACCACAAUA